UUGUAAGUCGUUAUGUUUGAGUCUCGAAAUAGGCUUUUGUGUUUCUCGAAUAGGUUUCGGCGUGGGUAAAGAAAAUCCUCUCCGUUUAUUUCGUAUGAAACUAACUUCUUCGAAUGUUUCCUGGUCAAAAGAAGUUUUGUAGAACAUCGAACCAAUCUCAUUUUUUCCAUGGCCCUCUAUGGCGCCCCUGUGUGGGCGCCGAACCUGAUGCGGCGGCCAGCUCGGGCGCUGCUCACAUCUCAGAGGGUCAUGGCCAUCCGGGUGAUCCGUGGAUAUCGCACGAUCUCCGGCGAGGCGGCGAACCUCCUUGCCGGAUUACCGCCGUGGGAUUUGGAGGCGAAGGUGCUCGCGCGCGUGUUCAGUUUGCGCGCCGACGCGUGUCGCCGGGGUGAAACUCCACUGCCGCGCCAGAUCAGUGCGUGGCGGGACGAGCUCCGGCGCGAUCUCAUGGCGGAAUGGCAGCAACGACUGUCGCAACCGAGGGCUGGGCUCGCUGUCAUCGCAGCGGUAAGUCCCCUCUUUGAGGAGUGGCUAGAGAGGCGCCACGGCGUCCUUACCUACCGCUUGACGCAGGUGCUUCCCGGACAUGGGAGUUCCGGUAGGUUCCUGUUCCUUAUCGGGCGGGAGGAAACGCCCGGGUGUCAUCACUGCGAGGACCGCCCGGAGGACACGGUAGAACAUACGGUGGCGGUGUGCCCUGCGUGGGCUGAGCACCGCCAAGUCCUCAGGGAUGUGGUCGGCGACGGCGACCUCUCGCGCCCGUCACUGGUUCAGGCCAUGGUGCGGAGCGAGAGGGACUGGGAUACCGUCUCCUCUUUCUGCGAAGCAGUCAUGCUAGCUAAGGAGGAGGCGGGGCGCGUGAGAGAACAAACCUCACGCCCCAGCCGUCGCGAGAGGCACUCCGGGCGUCGGGGAUCGCGGGACGAUCUCCGGCUACCGUAAGUGCGGGCCUGCGGACGGCGAGCAAGGGUAGCUCACCGCCCGAACAGAAUCAGACCCGUGUGUGCAGCGCGUAGCGUUCCGCGCGCGCCUCAAAGAGGCAUCAGACCACCACAGAUGGGGCCCAGUAGGGCUGAUGCCUGAUCCGGAGCUGCGGACUACCUAGCUGGUUUACCGGGGCUCCGGCUCGAAAAGCAGGAGAAGGAACGGGGUGAUUUUUAGUCAGUAAGAGUCUGACACUUCCUCUCGCCUCGCCCAAGGUGGCAGAAGUCACUGGAUGAUUUUCCCCCCUUAAAAAAAAACUCAUUUUUUCGGAAUUGCAUCCAUACGAUAGCAGAGUAUGGUACAGACCCUCCCACAAUAGAUUUUUUUCUAUGCACAAAAGGAGCUGAUGACCCAUUGCAGAAUAUAGAAGCAUAUAGAACUAUUGGGGGCAAUAGUUCGUUGUUUAUAAUAUAGAAAAACAUAUCUAUACUAGGCGAGAAAGAUUAUUUAUCUAAUUAAUAAAUUAAUGGGUUUCAAGCAUUAUAUUUAUCCGUUAUAAUGGACUAGCUAUUUCCUGCCGUUCCACCCGCAUCCCGAAGGAACUAUUACAACAGUAUUAAAGAUAAAAAAUUGCAAUUAUUAUUUUGUAUUUAAUAUAGAAACAUAUGACAUAUAAACGAGAAUCCACUUGUAGUAAUAUUUUGUUAGGUACUGUAGAGGAGACCCUACUAUGAGUUAAUACUACCACAAGAAUCAACCAAACCAGUAAC